ACUGCACUCCAUUGGUCGAGCCUGAGCCAGCAUGGCGGCGCCCUUGUAACGCGGUCCGUGCCGCAAAAGGGACGGCGGCGGCGGUGGCGCCGGCCCCGCGGGGUCACAAGUCGGCAUGCUGAGAACAGCGUGGAGGGCGCUGAGGUCGCUUCCGACCCAGGCAGUGGCCCAGGCUCCAGUCCGCGGGCUGCCGGGCGGAGCGUGCGCCAGGCCUCCCUUCCGCCUGUGGGGCCUUCCCUCCGCUCCUGGAGGUGUUAUCCUUCCGGCCGUUCGCGGAUAUGCCAUCCAGAAACCAGUCCAGCGCAGCCAAGAAGAUGACCCGCCCCCUUCCACGCUGCUCAAAGACUACCAGAACAUUCCCGGAAUUGAGAAGUUUGACGAUGUUGUAAGAAGACUCUUGUCUUUGGAAAUGGCCAACCAGAAGGAGAAGCUAAAAGUCAAGCAAGAGCAGUUGAUGAAGAAGAUUGUGGCAAACCCUGAGGACACCAGCUCCCUGGAGGCUCGAAUUGUUGCUUUGACCGUCAAGAUCCGCAAUUAUGAAGAACACAGGCAGAAACACCGAAAGGACAAAACCCAUAAGCGCUAUCUGCUGAUGAGCAUUGACCAGAGGAACAAGAUGCUCAAAAACCUCCGUAAGACCAACUAUAGUGUCUUUGAAAAGAUCUGCAAGGAGCUGGGGAUUGAGUACACCUUCCCUCCUCCAUACCACCGGAAAGCCCACCAUCGCUGGGCGACCAAGAAGGCGCUGUGCAUUCGGGUUUUCCAGGAGGUACAGAAGCUGAAGAAGCAAAAGAGGGCCUUAAAAGCUGCAGCAGCGGCAGCCCGGAAACAAGGCCAGAAGAACCUGGAGAGCCCUUCCAGAGCCGGACCAGAGGCAAUCAAAGAAAACCAAUAAAUUGUAUUAGAGUUCUGUC